GCAGUUUCCCUGACGUCAUCAAAAACUGCCGGAAGUGUUGUGUUGACAUGUGGAGAAAAAGUGUCGCGCAAGCAACCUUUAAUUCCUGCUACAUGUCCCGUGUAGCAACGUUUAUCCUGUCUUGACUUGAGUGGCUGCUGUAAAAUGUUGUAGCGGAAAGCCACGUUUUUUGUGACUUUAUUAUGAUUCUGCUGAAUGCCCUAAAAGUCGAAAGUCUGCUGUCGGCUGUUCGUCCGCUGCUCGCCCGGCGUGAUUAUCUUCUCCAGCUGCGUCGCUCCAUGGCCGCCGCUGGUGUUGCUAUGGACAAGGCAGCGAGGCCCGCCAAACACGGCAAGCCGCUCAGGAGGCUGAAGACCAAGGAGAGCCGCAACAGGCGAGGAGACGCCCACGGACCUUCCACCGUGUACGUGCAGGUGGUCGGCGCAGGGAGCAGAGACAACCCCGCGUCCCUCUACGUCUUCUCGGAGUUCAACAGGUACUUGUUCAACUGUGGUGAAGGAACGCAAAGACUCAUGCAUGAACACAAACUGAAAGUGUCUCAUCUGGAUAACAUCUUCCUGACCAGGAUGAGCUGGGAGAACGUUGGUGGUCUGUCAGGGAUGAUCUUGACCCUGAAGGACACGUGCGUGCCUGAAUGUGUCCUCUCUGGACCUCCUCAGCUGGAGAGCUACUUGAAGGCCAUCAAGACCUUCUCUGGGCCGCUGGAAAGCAUCAAACUUUCUGUUCGUCCCCACACUGAAGACACGUACACAGAUGACACCAUGAGCGUCCAUCAAGUUCCCAUAUUUGCAGCAUCGCCAGCAAGGAGCUCCUCGCCAAGUCCCACCACACCCAGUAGGAACGAGCAAGCAGCAGCUUUGCCAGGAAGGAGCCACUCGCCAAGUCCCACCUCCUCCAGUGAUAACAAGAAAGCAGCAGAACAAUCAAACGCUACAAGAGACUCAUCUCUGGUUGUCGCCUUUAUCUGCAAACUUCAUCCCAAGAAAGGAAACUUCUUAGUGGCACAGGCGAAGGAUCUUGGACUUCCUGUCGGCACGGCGGCGAUCGGGCCCCUCAUCGCCGCCCUGAAGAGCGGGAAAAGCAUCACGUACGACGGCAAAGAGGUCCGCCCAGAGCAGGUGUGCACGCCCACUGAUCCUGGACCGGUCUUUGUGGUGGUGGAAUGUCCCUCCUUGGACUAUGUCCAACCUCUCUGGGACAAUCAGCACAUAUCAAGGUAUCAAAUUGGGGGGGCUGAGGACCCUCCCGCCUUGGUGGUCCACAUGACUCCAGAGUCGGUGUUGAAGACGGAUCAGUACCAGAAGUGGAUCGACAGGUUCCCGCCCACCACAGAACACCUGAUCCUCAACGAGCAUGCCAGCUCCGCCCACAACGUCCGCAGCCACAAGAUCCAAGCCCAGCUCAACAUGAUCCACCCGCAGAUCUUCCCAGAACUCAAGUCUUGGCGAGCUCAGGAGCCAGAGGCUGCUCUUCAGGUAUCCCAUGUGCGCGCUGAGUGUCUUCUCAAGUUCCAGCUGCGACCCGUCGUGGAGUGGCAGAGAGACGCCAUCCCGUCCUGCAACACUGAGGACUUUGUCAAAGAGGCGUUUGACGUCCCCAACUUCCUGCAGGAAGUGGAGAAAAUACGCCUCAAUGUGGGAGCAGAGCCUACUGGACAACAGGACUAUCCUGAGCUGGUCUUUCUGGGAACCGGAUCCGCUCUGCCCAUGAAGAUCAGAAACGUCAGCGGCACUUUGGUCCACAUCAGCCCCAGUCAGUCGCUUCUGUUGGACUGCGGCGAGGGAACCUUCGGCCAGCUCUGCAGACACUACGGCGACGGCGUGGACGAGGCGCUGUCGAAGAUCUCCACCAUCUUUGUGUCGCACCUGCACGCCGACCAUCACACGGGUCUCCUCAAGUUGCUGUACCAAAGAGAACGAGCGCUGGCGACUUUAGGGAAAGCGUGGAGUCGCGUCUUCCUGAUGGCUCCCCCAGACAUGAUGAGCUGGCUGAGGCAGUAUCACCACAGCUGUCAGGAGAUCCUCCACCACGUCAGCUUCAUCUCCAACGAAGUCCUGCGCUUCAAAGGCGACCCGCCGACGCCGAGGACGCAGACGUCCCUCCGAGCGCUGCUGAAGAACAACAGCCUGGAAAAGUUCCAGACGUGCACGGUGCGUCACUGCAAGAACGCCUUUGCCUGCAGCUUUACUCACCAGUCAGGAUGGAAGCUGGUCUUCUCUGGAGACACCAUGCCCUGUGACAACUUGGUGCACAUGGGGAAGAACGCCACCUUGCUAAUCCACGAGGCCACGCUGGAGGACGGUCUGGAGGAGGAAGCUGUGGAAAAACGCCACAGCACGACGUCUCAGGCCAUCGACGUGGGCUUGAGGAUGCAGGCGGACUUCAUCAUGUUGAACCACUUCAGCCAGCGUUACGCCAAGAUCCCGCUCUUCAGCGAGGACUUCACCGAGCGCGUGGGGAUCUCCUUCGACCACAUGCGGGUUCGUCCGGGGCACCUGAAAGUCCUUCCCCGACUCAUCCCGGCGCUGAAGACCUUCUUCGCCGAGGAGCUGGAGGAGAUGGAGGAGAGGCGAGAACGAAGGGAGCUGAAACAGCAGCGAGCCGGCGACUCCGACAAGUCGAAGGAGGUCCAAAUGGCAAGAGGCGCCAAGCGGGACCAGGAGCACGCGGCCACUCCGGAAAACAAAAGACUGAAAAGCCACUGAGAUGCUUUGAUGGAGUUAUCAUUUAUUUUAUGCAUAAUGAAAAUUUUUAUUUGAUUUGUUUUCAUGCAGUGUUUAUUUUCUGAAAGCACUUCAGCUUGGUCUUGUGCAUAAGUGAAGAUAUGUUUUGAUUUGUAUUGCUUGUCACACAGGAGAAACAAAGUGCAACGAGAGCUUCAUCAUUUCAAAACUCAAAAGCAAAGAAAACUACCUGCAUGUAUUUGAAAUUAAUAAAGCACCAACACUGUUGUAGGAAGUGG